AUGAGUGAAGUGUCCCGAGCACCGCAUCACGUACAGGACGUGAUGACCGCCGUUGGCCAAGGAAAAGUCGAAAGCGUGGCUCCGACCAUGUCGUUAAGCCGUGACAGCAAGUCGGAGCGCCAAAAAAAAGAACAGGGUCAGUAUGGGCGGAGCACCUUGCUGAUCCAGCAACGUCAAGAGAAUUUGCAGGACUUUUAA